AUGCCCCUUUCGCCCUGUAUUACCCCAGAUUUGAUUGAAGCCGCUCAUGGGGCUAUGCUUCAGCCCGUUUACGGGUGGUCCAAUCGAACUCACCACGCUUCAAGCUGUCAGCCCGUUAUUUCCAUUGGCUUUAACAAAGACGUUUUUGUUCCAAUUGACAGAAGACAUUGCACUGGUCAAUUCACUCAGAAGCCUUACGUUGCUGGCGGAAGUCCUGAAGCUCGACGAGCUUUACCGCCGAAGAUCAACAAGAGCUUCCAGAUCCAAACAGCGCAUCAUGAUACUCCCCAGCAAAAGCGGCUAAAACGGGACGGAUAUCGCUGCCGAGCGUCUCCCUCGAACAGGGCACUGGAACUACCGGCACGUUCCGAAAGUCAAUAUCGAAAAUAG